AUGUCACCAGCUCGAGCUGCUUCUGCUAUUAAGGAGGUCAUAAAUUUUAAAAAUGCGAAAAGGACAUCUUUUCUCCUGAUGAUAAUAGUAUCCAUCUAUCAUGGAUUUUUAAUGACGAAAUCAGGUGGUAAUUUAUGCAAAUCUUUACUCAGUGAUGGCAGGUCAGGACCUAGUGGAGAAUUUCGACCAUAUAGUUGUAUGAUACAUACUUAUUUGUCGAGGGAUAGCCGCAAGUGCUUCAAGCGACUCGCACCGUGGGCCGAUGUAGUUCGAUUGUAUUUUGUUGGCGACUCAAGACUAAAGAAGCUUUUUAAAGCCUUUGCUUACCACAUUAACGAUGAAACUUCCAGAGAAAAUAUUACAUCGGAAACUGGCACCACUGAGAAUGUUCAGUAUGUUAGUGGAGAAGUUGAUUUGCGCUUUUUCUAUCAUGAGGAGAUUACAGAGGAUACAUUAGAUCUGUUUAAAUCAUGGAUUGGUUCAGCAAAUCUGUCUUAUGUAACUGAACCAAAUGUAAAAAGUAAUAAGGCGAAUCAUGUCUCUACACCUACACACUUAGUAAUUUCUCUGGGUACAAAAACAAUACAACGUUAUAAUCAAUCAGAAAAUGGACUUUUAGACUAUAUGAAUGGAAUUAAACGUCUUGCUAAUGUUCUUGAAGAAUUGAAAUUUGCACGUAGUGUUUGGAUGUUACAAGAUCCUGUGGCAGAAAGUCUUUUAUCAAAAGAACUGAAAAUUAUUACAAAUGAUCUGAUAGAUAAAUAUAAUGAAGUGGCAUCAACAGCUAUGAAAUCUGUAACCGGUGUAGAAAUAUGGAGUUCAAAUCGUCUUAUUGCAUUAAAAGUUGGCUUUCCAACUAUUAACUGGAAUUGUCGCCAGUUACAAACCUUAUCUACAAGUAUAAAUCAUUUGGAUAAAAUUAAUACUGUUACACCAUCAUUAGAGUAUAAAGAUAGUACUUCGUCUACUAAUGUAUGCAUGGAUAUGCCAAUACUGUCAGAUGGAUAUCAUGUGUCAGAUAAAGCAAUGAAAGAAAAUGUGCAAAUCCUAUUGAAUCUGUACUGUAAUAAUCAAAUGAAAUUCUCUGAUGGUACUUGUUGUCGUGGUUCAGAGCCUAUAACACCGGUACAAGAAAAAUGUUUUAUAUUUUAUGCUAUUUGUGUAUUAAGCACAUUCUUGUGCUUCCUUUACAGUCAAUUUUUCUCUCGUGGUAAACCAUGGAUUCAAUGGAAGAAUUUUCGUAGAACAAUCAUAUCAGUAUUUUAUAAAAGAACAAAUGAAACAACACAAGCAUAUAUUCCAAUUGAAAAUAAUUCAUCAAAUGCUACUGGUUGUCAUGACAAUCAUGGUGACAAUGGUCAUGACAUUAGUAGUAAUAAUAAUAAUAAUACUAACAAUAACAGUGGCAACAAUAGUAAUAAAGAUGUCGAUAAUGGUGACAAUGAUGAUAGCAAUGAUAAGCAUAAAGAGAGCACUGAUUCCUUUUUUAUUGAAUUCUAUGAAUUAACUAGUGCUUUGUCCAAAUUUGGUGCUAUCAUGGUAUACUUUUUUAUAUGUGACAGGACAAUAUUAUUCAUGAAAGCGAAUAAAGGCUAUACGAAUAUGAGUUUCCUGCUGCCUAUUAUCUAUUGUUUUGUAUUAGGCCUUUUCUUCAGUGGACCUACUAAACGUACUAAAGUGAACCAUCUUGACAUAACACGUGAAUGGAAAGGAUGGAUGCAGUUGUAUCUUUUAAUUUAUCAUUUCACUGAUUCUUAUAGAGUAACUCCAAUAUUUAUGUCAGCUCGUCUAGUUGUUUCAAGUUAUCUAUUUCUAUCAGGAUAUGGUCAUUUCUCUUAUUUCUGGCGUCAAUCUGUACCGCAAAUUAGUUGGCUAAAACUAUUGAAUUACCAUCGUUGUUCUCGAGAAUUUUGUACUGCAUGGAAAGCACUCUGGCAAAUAUUACAUCGAUAUUUGAUUGUUAUUUAUCGUUUUAAUUUUUUUGUCUUUGGCUUAUGCUUAAUUAUGAAUCGUGGUUAUCUAGCCUAUUAUUUUAUCCCAUUGGUAUCAUUUUGGUUCACUGUUGUACUCAUUGUAUGCGUUAUAUUUCCACGUGUAUCCGGCCAACAAAUCUCUGGAAAUUAUAAAAUUCAUGAAGCUGAUAGUCGUACUCCUAAUAAUGACAUUACUAAUAAUAUUAACAACAACAACAGCAAUAAUAAUAAUAAUAUUGACAAUAAUUCUAACCGUUCAGAUACUAUGAAUACUAAUUCGACUACAAUAACACUGACAUCUGUUUCGUCUACAAUAACUACUACAGACAAUCAUCACAUGAAUAACUUUGAUGAUGCUUUGACCAACAUUGAUAAUAACAGAAAUUACUAUUACUACAACAAUAACAACAACUAUAACCAUACUAAUGAUAAUCAUUACUCCUCCUUUCAUCAGUACUUGCCUACAGUAGUCAAUCAUAAUCAAUAUCUGCCUAAUCAAUUCACCGAAUCAGAUGAUGAGGUAUAUUUCUCUAAAUCAUCAGAAAAAUCAUCUUUAUUGUUAUUAAAACCAGCACUGGCGCCUCCUCCGUCCUCCUCUUCCUCUUCCUCCUCCGCCUCUUCAACAUCCUCUACACCACCACAGAAUUCAAGAAGUACUGCUGUAAAGAAUAAAAUCCACUGUCUUCCAUAUUCUUCUUCAGCUACAAUUCGUUCAUCUAUUAAUUAUAAAGGUCAUCAAAAAGCUUUAUCACUUGGUACUGGAUUUGAUUUAUGCCAAAAUUAUACAAAUGUUGUGAAUGCGAAUGCUUUUACAGGAGCAACAUCAGCGGCAACAGUGUCUUCUGAUAACCAUCAGGAUCAGUAUAAUAAUAAUAAUAUAAUAUAA